AGCGCGCGACGCUAAAGGGACGCGACGCAAUCGAAGUGCCCUGACGUGAUUAGAACGCGCCAAUGCCGGGCAAAUGCGAACAGUACUUGGAUGUUUGCGAUUAUAUUUUACCUAUAUUUUAAGAAAAUGUCCCUAAACGUACCUUAAUUGUGGAAACAAAUGUGAGAAGACACAGUUGUGGGAGUGUUUUUGAGCGCCGUAACCAUGGCAACCGCCACUAAAACCCCCCCAGGUGCCGACCCCAAGCAGCUGGAACGCACGGGUACCGUCCGAGAGAUCGGAUCACAAGCCGUGUGGUCGUUGUCCUCGUGCAAGCCAGGUUUUGGAGUCGACCAGUUGAGGGAUGAUAAUCUGGAGACGUACUGGCAGUCCGAUGGCUCUCAGCCACAUCUAGUGAACAUUCAGUUCAGGUAGAACACUGUGAAGAUGCUGUGUAUUUAUGCCGAUUAUAAAUCUGAUGAAAGCUACACUCCCAGCAAGAUCUCGGUCAGAGUGGGAAACAACUUCCACAACCUGCAGGAGAUCCGGCAGCUGGAGAUGGUGGAGCCAAGCGGGUGGAUUCACAUCCCUCUGUUGGAUCUGGUGAACAAUCCCAUCAGGACCUUCAUGAUCCAGAUCGCCGUGUUGGCUAACCACCAGAACGGACGAGACACGCACAUGCGGCAGAUCAAAGUCUACACGCCCGUGGAGGAGAGCUCCAUCGGCAAAUUCCCACGAUGCACCACUGUAGACUUCAUGAUGUACCGCACCAUCAGAUGACUUGAAAACGGACUGAGGUGCUUGUAAAAGACUCAGUUCUACAAUUAAAUGUUUUCAGAUGUUUUAAAAUGUGCCAAGGUGUGUUUUGUAAAGAUAAGAGUUCAAAUUUCAAUUUAUGUACAUGCAAAUCCACAGGAAAUAAAUGUUUGUUUGAAAUGAUGAAA